CUUUCUUCGACGAUCACCAACAUCACAACAUCGACGCGCAAUGACCGGCCGAGGUGGUGGCGGCGGUCGCCGGGUCUUGCUCCCACCGAUCAAUUUCCUCUUCCGUUUGCUGCAGCAGCGCACAACAGUUCAAAUCUGGCUUUAUGAGCAAUUGUCCAUCCGCAUUGUCGGCACUAUCCGCGGAUUUGACGAGUUCAUGAAUCUUGUUAUUGACGACGCCGUCGAGGUGAAGCAAAUCACCAAGACUAACGACACCGAGACACGAAGGCCCUUGGGGCAAAUCCUCCUGAAAGGCGACAACGUCUCCCUCAUCCAGAGCCUGUCGGGUUGAAAGAGCAGGGCAAGACAGAACUCAAUUCACUGAUUCACGGCGCAAAGUUGGCAUAUUACCACAAGGGGAUCCC